AUGGCGGAUAGUCAUGGCCUGCAAGGCUCCGCCAAUACCAGAAGUAACAGCCGUAUUUUGGCUGAGUCUUUAUCUCGCGUAGUGGAAUUGAAUGAAGAAAGUGGUUCUAUGAUGGAAUCUGGCUUAUCGGAGUUGAAUACAUCAUGUGAAGACCGAGAUAUUGGCGAAGGUGUCGGAGGGGAUUUGGGUUCAAAAUCCGAUGAGGCAUACAAGGAUUUUCUGAAGGCUAUUAAAGCUGGAAAUAUUGAGGUAACAGAGAUAUUGAAAUACGUAAACAUUAUAGAAAGAGAUAUUCUAGAUACCUCAACUGAGGAAGUUAAACAAAAACUAUUAAAGUACAGUUCGAUCAGUCUAAAUGGUACGAGGACAGGGAUCAUUGAGCUUUGUAAACAUAAGUUUUCUCAAUUUCCAAAGAAUAAACCAUUCCGGCGAUUGAACAGACAGGGAGGGCAUCCUGCAACUGAGAAAUUAGCAACGGAUAUACUUAAUCUGGUGAAAUUUUGUAGUUCAGGCGAGGUGACAAGUGAAAUUAAUGAUAUAUUUCUGAAACCGCCAUCUCAGGGUGUACAAUCUUUCUUGAAUGUUAUGGCCGAAAAUGCAGAUGAAUUUCAAAACUUAAUUAAUCCUAAGUGCAGCCAAGACGAACGAGAGCGAUUCUCGUCGCUUUUAGAAAAGCUAGACGAGAAUUAUUAUCAACUAAACGACGAUUUUGAUGAUGCUAUGAUAAGCAUGAAGCAGGAAAUUACUGAUUUAAAAAAAAAUAUGUGCGAUAAAGAAGUCAAAAUUUCGACUUUAAAGGAAUAG